AUGUACAGCCCGACUCCCCCACCCCCCGUUCCGCCCCCGAAGCCCAGCAGCCACGACGCCAGCCGCCUCGGCACACCCGCCGCCUCCAACUCGCCUCGGCCACCACCACCAGUCCCAGACGACGCGUUUUCGAAAGCGAUGGAGGGGAAGGGGAAGUUCGUUUCCAGCACUACGACGACGAUGAUGGAUGCCUCGUCGGGCUUAAUACCGGCUUCGACGACGUCUACAAACGGAGGAGGAGGAGGCGCGGAGAAAGAGGUUGUACCGGAUCCGGGAGACCAGUGGCUACCGAAGAUAUUAGAGGAUAAAUCGAAACAAGACCUCGCCGACAUCCUGUCCAACCCCUCCCUCCUCUCGGCCCUGACGCACGCGCCCGCAACGGCCCACCCGUCCCUGACGUGCACGCGGGACGCGCUCCUGUCCGCGCUGGACGACAACGUGGCGCUGGCGACGCACCUCGCGGAGCUCGAGGCGCGGCUCGCGCAGCAGCGCGGCGCGGCCCAGGCGCAGCUGCUCUCGACGCACGCGCUCGAGCGCCAGUGGCGCCAGAAGCAGGCCGAGAUGGACGCCGCGCUCGCGCCCUUCUCGCCCGCCGCCCUGUACGCGCGGCUCGGCCAGAGCCUGGCGGAGCAGGAGGCCGUGUGCCGUGCCCUGGAGGAGAGCUUUCUGGACGGGGACGCCAGGGGGAGCAGCGGCGGCGAGGAGGAGGGCGCGGGGCUGGCGUCGGAGAGGGAGACGCUCGAUUGGGUGAGGCGGUAUCGCGACGCGAAGAAGUUGUUGUAUUUGCGGCACGAGAGGCGCGAGAGGUGGAAUGAGCACCGCGUUGGGGGGUGGCGGUGA